GCCGCGCUGCGUUCACCUGUUUAGAGGCACGUCUGUCAUUCGGUAACUCGCCUAUGGGACAACACUCACUUCCUCCUUCGGCAAUCCGCUUCUAAAGGGAUGAAAAGGCUCAAGAGGAAGAAAGAAAACGCGCGAGCUGGGCUGAAUGGGAAUGGAUCUGUCACGAGAGAACCAGAUUGUGGGAGGAAACAGAAGUUGGUUGUGAUCCACCAGGCGUUGAACAGUGAUCCGGUGGACAUUGAGACCCUGAGGAGAGCAGCAGCCAGUAAUGGAGGACUGCUCACUGAUGAACUCAGGAGGAAAGUCUGGCCCAAACUACUGAACGUCAAUGUGUACGAUCUACCACAUAAACCUGGUCGAGAUGUGAGGGAGAACCACAAGGACUACAACCAAGUAGUCCUGGAUGUCAGGAGGUCCAUGAAGCGGUUCCCUAAAUGUAUGCCGGCCUCAGAGAGGGCCGUGCUUCAGGAGCAGCUGAUUGACAUCAUCCUGGAGGUUUUGAAACGCACCCCUCAGCUCCAUUACUACCAAGGCUACCACGAUGUGGCCGUCACCCUGCUGCUGGUAGCCGGGGAGCGGAUGGCCCUCGCCUUGCUGGACACUCUGUCCAAUCACCAUCUCAGGGAUUUCAUGGAUCCAACCAUGGACAGCACCAAACACAUUUUAAACUACUUGAUGCCUAUAGUGGAACAAGUUGAUACAGAAUUACAUGACUUCAUGAUCAGAGCGGAGGUGGGGACCAUCUUCGCGCUGUCCUGGCUCAUCACGUGGUACGGCCACGUGCUGUCGGACUUCAAACACACCAUGAGGCUCUACGACUUCUUCCUGGCGUCGCACCCCCUGAUGCCCAUCUACCUCGCCGCUACGAUUGUGUUGCACAGAGAGAAGGAGGUGAAGAAGACCGAGUGUGACAUGGCCAUGGUCCACCACCUCCUCUCGCGCAUACCCCAGGACCUCCCAUACGAACUUUUGAUCGGCCGGGCCGAGGACCUGUUGGACCGGUACCCUCCAUCACUACUGGCCAAGCGGGCAGCGCUGCAGUCUCGCAAGAGUCUGUCUAUCAGCACCUUCCAGGCGUUUCAGUCCUCCACCCUCCACCAGAGGCCUGACUCUGUUCUCCAGCGCCUCACCAAGGCCCAGGGCUCCGCCCACUCCAGACACGCCUCUCGACACCCGGGUCAGGAAGCAGCUUUGCCCCGAGACCCAGGCCAGCUGCGGGGGAAGGGCAACCGGAUGGUGAGGAUGGCCGUGUGGGGGCUGUCCGCGACGCUGGGGGCGGCCGUGGUCGCCGUGGCCCAGACGGCUAUGGGCUGGGGACCCGAGGUGUUGCUGCAGCUGUUCUGACGUGGGCGGUGGGGAUUUGGACUGUGCAGACACACGGUGACACACGGUGACCGCAGACACACACACAUCUGCUCCCGAACGAUAAACGCACUUCCAUCGACGGAGAACGGCGCCGAAGACUCGAAGCUCCUCUCUCCUGCUGAGGGGAAGACCUUGGAGGACAGGUCUGUCAUCCUGGUGCCAGACAGGUCGUCCCCACACAGCCAUUGUGAGCAUAUGUUCGCCACGAGGCGGCCUCGGGACGUAUGUGUGCGUGUGUUUGUGAGUGGGUGGAUGUGUGAACGAGAAUCCCAAAACUCGUUUCACAAGCAUGGAUGGGUAACGGAACGAGCCCCUGACCUCUGGGGCCCCUGGGCCAGAGCCUCCGUGUGGGGUCACUGGUGACAGUUACCAAACGACCACAAAGAGAGCAACAAGCGAUGUGCAGAAAGAGCAAAGAGACACGCGGCGGGUGGUUUCCAGUCGCUGUGUCUCCGUCUGGGCCAUCGACUCCUACGUAGGAGGUGUGGAGGGCUUCAUCCAUUGUCUCAUGACCCAUCCAUGCAUGCGAGACACUAACACGUUUUGCCUUUUCAGGCUGUUGCUCUCACGGCACCGUCGGUGUGACGUGUCACACGCGUCUCGCUGUGUUCGCCGCUCGCCCAUUAUUUAGCUGAUAAGUCGUUUUAAGACGGCGCUGCUUGUCUCGCUGUAUUUCUGUUGAUGUUUUUUUUUUUUUAGUGAGCUUGUUGGAUCUGCCGCCGCAUCCGAGAGCUAAAAGUGCCCGUAGCCGGCGCGAUGGCACAUGAAUACAAAUGAUUAAAGAGCGGUGUUUUCCGCUGAAAGCUUCCAGUUAUGAGUGAAGAAAGAGAGCGGGAGAGAAAUGGGAAAGAUGGCGGGAGAGAUUUUGCCUGUAAGCCACUUGUGUUAAUCGCUUUACUGCAGGUGUCAGCGAGUUGCACCAACAGUCGAGGUUUCUGCCGCCCCGAAAUAUGAACGCUGCACGCGGUUGGAGCUCUGCACUCGACGCAUGCGGCGGGGCUUUUGCAGAUGCGCGGAGGCAUCAGAUGCAGAAUGCGCUGAAAUACAUAUUCAUUCUUUUAAUAUACGUUUUUGUCCUCUUCUGAAGCGGUUUUCUCGAUGUCGGGGCCCAUCACUGCUGAAUGGAUACGAACACACCAGUACUUUGACAUUCUUCAAAUAUUUAGCAGGUUUGAGCCAACGGCCGCUCCGAACAGAACUACAGAUCACGGACUCGCUUCUUCCUCUACGUCGUGUUCCUCUUCAGCAUUUUACUGCUACAGUGAUUAUUUUAACAUAUGCGAGAGAAGAAAUUGUGUUUUUAUUCAACACACCCUGUAGAUAUUGCUGCACCAAAUGUUCUCACUGAGUUUUAGCGCCUGAAUAGUGGAUAUUAAUAAUACAGGCGGUUUCCAACUGGGGGUACAUACAUAUGUCCAGAGCACGGGGGUUUCUCCGAACGGCAAAGCAUGCUCUGUUGAUUUAUAUCCUGAAAUAUUUAUUCAUCAUGUUGCAUCUGUUCGCACAACUUCACCCGAGUCACAACACUCUGAGCCGGCCUCUUCUCGCCGUCACCAGAUAUGGAUGCCCGGCACAUGUUGGCACGAUCGGACCGGAUGUGGACUUCACCCCGUUGGCUCAUGAAGUCAACUGCUACGGGCUUUGUUGUGCACACCUUACAGUCGUCGGGGAGGAAGCCACCUUGAAGUGACAUUUUAAUCCUCGGGGCAAUCUUUGCUGAGCAGUGAACAAACCAGUCAAUCACCACAUUAAGUAGUUGGAUUCAGGCGUUCUUCAGCCGAUAGCUGUGGUUCUGACCGGGGAAAAUCAAUAGAGCCAAUCAAUCCAUCAAUGCCGUGUAACUCAGGAAGGUUGCCGGCCUGCGAGCCAGUUGUGUGUGUGUGUGUGUGUGUGUGUGUGUGUGUGUGUGUGUGUGUGUGUGUGUGUGUGUGUGUGUGUGUGUGUGUGUGUGUGUGUGUGUGUGUGUGUGUGUGUGUGUGUGUGUGUGUGUGUGUGUGUGUGUGUGUGUGUGUGUGUCACAGGUCAGUUUAUUUCACUCUUUUUUUGUGCCUUGAUAUAUAUAUAUAUUAUUUUUUUUUGCCGACAGUCUAAUUUAUUUUAAGAGCAACAAUCUGAUUGGCAAUUCAUGUAUUGUUAGAUUUAAUUGGAUUUUCUGGAUGUGUAUUUAAAACAAAUCCUUGGGGCUGUAAAAGAUUAUGGUUUGUAAUCACCCGUCUGAGGGUUUGUACUCUUUUUUUUUUUUUAAAGGGGAUGCAGUUAUUUUAAAUUUAAAUCCUGUAUCUGGUCAGUCAUUAAGAAUCAGACGAGAAGUUAAAGAAAAUGCUUGAUUGCCGUCUUGCCGCGUGCUCAAUGAGAAGAUGGAUACCAAUGAGAGUACGCGAGAUAAGAAGCUCCCGCCAGCAGCUGUUCAGCUUCGCGUAGAGACGGGAAACGGCUCGCUUGACCCGCUGCAGAGGAACAAAGUCCAGCUUCCUGCACCUCUCAAGAUGACUUAUUGACAACAGAUAUCUUGUUUGUUACACAUUAAUUUACAGUUGGUCUCAGUCUCAGCAGGAAAGCAAAUAACCAUAGUUCUGAAAUGAUCAGAGUAUUCCUUUAAAUGUUUGGCUCAUGAGCCAGGUCAGUCCUGAGGUCCAUAACCAAAGGGCUUUGAAAGGAGAACAUUUACCAUCUUGUGGUGCAUGGCCGCUCGCUCGGUGAAGUUGGUUUUCUUACGACUGUCUGAUUGGACGAUGCGUCCCUGAUGCUUGGAAACAGAUGAUUGACCAAAAAAAAGUGUAAUUUAAAAAUAGCUGCUUUUGCAUGUAAUCUUGUUUGGUUGCCUUGGUUGACCAGGUGCUGUGAUCCUCCGACGUCAAGAUGCUACACACACACACACACACACACACACACACACACACACAGGGAGAGUGGUGGCUUUGCCAGAUCAUAAUGAGGAUUUAAUUCCUGCCCCUGGCUCUUGGCGUGCUAAUGAUACUUUCUCCUUGUCUUUUGUUCUUCUCACAUUCAAACUCAAACACCUGGACCGGCCUUAGAUGAAACAUUAUUGAAGCAUGUUUGUUUUGAAUGAAACCAAGCAAGAUCUUUAAGAGAGAAGACGGAUGCUGUUGAGCGCAUGUUAAAAGUUGACCUAAAAACCGCUUUAUAUUCAAAUGAAUGCCCAUAAAAUUCAUGUAAAACUAAGUCUUCUAUAAGAAGUAAAUAUAAAUAGAAGAUACAUCAUUUUAUUGGACUGUACUGUAGUUAUUUAAUUUUAUGAGCUCUGUAGAUAGUCGUUCACAUCAAAUCGGCACUUUUUAGUUGCAUUUUAUUAUCUUUUUGUCUCCCUUUACAAUGAUGUGUUGGAGUUUGAGUUAUUUCAACAGCUGGAUGCAGUGGAUGUCAUUGUUUUCAUGUCAUUAGGUUUGAUGUAAACCAAAAACACUUUCUAUGAAUCCAAAUAACUUGAAUUUAAUGCCAAAUUCUGAAUUUACUGUGGUGUGAUGAAGAGUGAGGUUCAACUCCCAGUGAGCUUGAGCCUCUCGAGGCCUCGCUGUCCUCAGGUCUGAAAAUCUACCAGAAAACUUCAUUGCACCAAAUGCUUUUUCAGAUAAUAAUGUAAGUCCAUAAUGUGUGUGUGUGUCAUUUCUGUGGGGUUUUAAUGCAUGUUUGUCAUAUUGCGGGUACCAAACACUUGGUCCAUACAUAUCAGGUUAUUUGCACCUUGUACGUGUUCUGCAGUUGUUCUGAAACAUGUUUUUGACAGAUGAAGAUUGUUUUGUCUAUGCGGUAAAAACAAAUGAAUAAAAGAUAAACUAAACACU